GGCGGUCCAUCGUCCAGUUGAGCGUCGCCGGCCCCGGCGGGCUCCUCCUAGAUUCCCAACCAUCAGGCGGCAGCUUCCCCGGCCCCGCUCGCAGCCACGCUCCCCUUCACCGGCGACGGGCAUGGCGUCCUGCAGCCGGAGUCCCGGGCACUCGCGGCCCCCUCCCGCGCUCCUGCCGCUGCUCGUGCUCCUCGCCUUGUCCUCCGCCGCCGCGGCGGCGUCGCCCACCGCCGCGAUGCACAACAACAACUGGGCCGUGCUCGUCUGCACCUCCCGCUUCUGGUUUAAUUAUCGACAUAUGGCGAAUACUCUGUCCCUGUACAGGACUGUUAAAAGAUUAGGGAUACCUGAUGAGCGAAUCAUACUUAUGUUGGCGGACGAUAUGGCCUGUAAUCCUAGGAACAGUUACCCUGCCCAAGUUUUCAACAAUGAGAACCACCAGUUAAAUCUUUAUGGUGACAAUGUUGAGGUUGAUUAUCGAGGGUACGAGGUGACAGUUGAAAACUUCUUGAGAGUUUUGACUGGCAGACAUGAAAGUGCUGUACCAAGAUCAAAGCGUCUCCUAAGUGAUGAUGGAAGCCAUAUUCUUUUGUACAUGACUGGGCAUGGUGGUGAUGAAUUUUUGAAGUUCCAAGAUUCUGAAGAGCUUCAGAGCCAUGACUUAGCAGAUGCAGUAAAGCAGAUGAAGGAGAAGCAUAGAUUUAAAGAGCUUUUGAUAAUGGUAGAUACAUGCCAAGCUGCUACUCUCUUUUCACAGCUUCAAUCCCCUGGUGUUUUGGCUAUUGGUAGCAGCUUGAAGGGUGAAAACUCUUAUUCUCACCAUCUUGAUUCAGAUAUUGGUGUUUCUGUUGUGGAUAGGUUUACCUACUAUACACUUGCUUUCUUUGAGAAACUGAACAUGUAUAGCAAUGCCUCACUGAACAGUCUUUUCAACUCAUACAAUCCGUCCAUGCUGUUGUCUACUGCGUAUUAUCGAAUGGAUCUUUAUGAGCGGCCGUUAAAUGAGGUGCCUGUGACAAAUUUCUUCGGAUCAGUCAUGAAAACUCUCCACACAGAUUCAGCAUACACAGGUUUCGUGGCUGCACAUGAUGAUGAAACUCCCAUGUCCAUUGGAGAUCAUAUACGUGAUGAUGUCAUGUUAAAGAACAAGGCUAGCACAAGAAGAUCAAACAUAGAAGAGGAGGCGCAAUUAACACCCCAUGGAUGGACAGACGUUCUGCUGGAACAGCUGGAGGGCAAGAAUACUGACACUCUUGUGAUGUACGGUCUGGGAGCUAUGGGUAUAUUGUUGGCACUUUCAACCUGGUUAUCAUUGUAGGCACUAUGAAGGGUGCUGUUAACACACCAUCCUCUUCCAGAGAAAACUGAAUCAUACUAACCCCCUAGAGAGUGGGAUCAAAAAUGGAAAAGGACACAGUUUGGAGGUUCUCUUUGUAUUUUCCAUUUGGUUUUUAUUUCAUUAGUGUCCAUUAAAUAACGAAAUUGCUGUAUGUAGUUUUCAUAUGCCACAUUCUAUUCUACUCCAUUAUCAGUCAUUGUUUAACGUGGUUUUUGGGA